AUUUACAUGUUUAAAACUGUAUUUGUGUUAUUUACAUGUUCAAAACUGUAUUUGUGUUGUUAUUUACAUGUUUAAAACUGUAUUUGUGUUAUUUACAUGUUCAAAACUGUAUUUGUGUUGUUAUUUACAGGUUCAAAACUGUAUUUGUGUUGUUAUUUACAUGUUCAAAACUGUAUUUGUGUUGUUAUUUACAUGUUCAAAACUGUAUUUGUGUUAUUUACAUGUUCAAAACUGUAUUUGUGUUGUUAUUUACAUGUUCAAAACUGUAUUUGUGUUGUUAUUUACAUGUUUAAAACUGUAUUUGUGUUAUUUACAUGUUCAAAACUGUAUUUGUGUUGUUAUUUACAUGUUCAAAACUGUAUUUGUGUUGUUAUUUACAUGUUUAAAACUGUAUUUGUGUUAUUUACAUGUUCAAAACUGUAUUUGUGUUGUUAUUUACAUGUUUAAAACUGUAUUUGUGUUAUUUACAUGUUCAAAACUGUAUUUGUGUUGUUAUUUACAGGUUCAAAACUGUAUUUGUGUUGUUAUUUACAUGUUCAAAACUGUAUUUGUGUUGUUAUUUACAUGUUCAAAACUGUAUUUGUGUUAUUUACAUGUUCAAAACUGUAUUUGUGUUGUUAUUUACAUGUUUAAAACUGUAUUUGUGUUGUUUACUAGAACAUGUUUACAUUGUUUACUGUUCAUAAGCAGACUACAGAAUUCUUUACUUACUACCAGGUAUUUAAGUUUUACAGCUUCUAAAAGCUUUUAUCUGAUGGUUUCUGUUCAAUCCUCACCAUCAGUUCACAGCAGCCUCAACAACAAUCAGACACCUGCGUCUGAUUUAGUGUCUUAUUUCUUGUUUUGUGUCAUUUUAUCUCUAGUUUUUGUUGUUCUGUGUCUCGUUGUUGCCUUUUGGUUACUGAUUUUUGUCAUUUUAUGUCUGAUUUGUAUGUUUUGUGUCACUGUGUGUCAUUUUGUGUCUUAUUUUUGGCAUUUUGUGUCUCAAUUCUGUCAUUUUGUGUCUAGUUUUUGUCAUUUUGUGCCUCAUUUCUGUCAUUUUGUGCCUCAUUUAUGUCAUUUUGUGUCUCAUUUCUGUCAUUUUGUGCCUCAUUUCUGUCAUUUUGUGUCUCAUUUCUGUCAUUUUGUGCCUCAUUUCUGUCAUUUUGUGUCUCAUUUCUGUCAUUUUGUGCCUCAUUUAUGUCAUUUUGUGUCUCAUUUUUGUCAUUUUGUGCCUCAUUUAUGUCAUUUUGUGUCUCAUUUUUGUCAUUUUGUGUCUCAUUUCUGUCAUUUUGUGUCUCAUUUCUGUCAUUUUGUGUCUUGUUUUUGUUGUUUUGUGUCUUAUUUUUGUUGUUUCGUGUCUUAAUUCUGUUGUUUUGUGUCUUCACUUGGGCAUUUUGUCUCUUUUUUUUUUGUUUAGUGUCAUUGUGUGUCUCAUUUUUGUAAUUUUCCGCUUGUUUUCCUUGUUUUGUGUCUCAUUUUAUCAGAACAACCAUGAGGAAGGAUGGAGAACUCAGAACGAUGGAAACCAGCUAACGAAUAAAACACUGAAGCUGAACUUUUUCUAAAACAAGUCUGAACAGUAACUUUAUGUCCUCAUCCUGUAGAUGUUUUUCUAUCUCCAUGUUUCCAGACGUUUCCUCUCUCCUCCGCUCAUCAGCAGUAGAAAGAUGUUUCUCCAUGCUGGAUGGAUCUCCAACAACUAGAUCCUCUGCUCACUGUUUCUGCUGCAUUUAUUUCACUGCUUUUCCUCUCAGUCUCUCUGAGGAAACACUGCCUGCAGUUCAACCUGGAAUCUUUCUGAAUUACUGUGUUUUACAGAAUAGUUGGUGCAAAGUGUUUUAUCUUUGGCAAACUGUGAUUUUCUUCAUGUAAAAUCAGGAUUUUAAGCUCAGAUUCGACUCAUUUUCCAGACAGAACUGUUCAAUACUCAUGACUCGUUCAAGGACUGUCAGACAGUUGCAGAAACCAAAGAGAAUUUUGUUUUUUGUUUGACAGAAUCUGGUGUUUUUUUCCCAACAUAACAGAUGAUGUGAACAGCAGAACGCCUGUUUUCCUUCAUGAUGACGGAUCAGAUCACAAUCUGGAACUAAACAUGAAGCUUGAAGGCAUUCAGAUGAAAUAUCAGCUAGAAGAUCACAUAUCUUUAAGUUUUCCAAUUAAAAAGCGUAUUAUACACGAUGCAUUCAAAGUUUCGGAAAGCUGAAACUUUGACGGGUCCAUUUUUUUGAUUAAACUGUUUUAUAAACACCAAAGUUGUUUCUGUAUUUUAUCGUCACAAGACAAGUUAAAAUCUGAAGAUGUCAGUAGAUAUUCAUACAUCGGGUGUAAACCAUGUCGACAGAAGACAUUUCUGUAAUUGAGGCCAUAAAAUCGGGUUUUUUACGAGGGAUUCUGGUAGAAAACAGCUGAUUUCGCUCCUCUUUGAGGCCUUUUGUGCAGAAAUACUGACCCUGAAUGUCUCUUUUUGCAGUGAAACGUGGCGGUUGUGAUGGAGAACAGACGUUCUGCUGUUCAGUGCUCUCACAUAAUUCUUCUUUAUGUUCUGAAAAAUGUCUCCGGGUCAGGAGUCAGGAAUCUUCUGUGUUUGGUUCAGCUGCUGGAAUGUGGAGCUCAGUUUGUGGGAAACGUUGGAGGAUUUCUGGGUCUGACCGGUUCAAUCUGCAGAUUCUAACUUUAACAAGGUGUCUGUCUGCUCAGAAGACAUUUCUGAGUUCUCUCUCUUUCUUCAUGGCUGUUCUGACAACAUGGGACACAAAACAAGAAAAACGAGAUGCAAAAUGUAAAAAAUCAGAAACAAAACGAGAAAAACUAGACACAAGCAGUAGAAAUGUGGAAAAUCACAAAAGAAAAUGAGACACAAAAUAGAAAAAAGAAGAAUCAAAACGACAAAAAAAGGAAACACACAGUGACACAGAACAAAAAUAAUGACCUAAAAUUUAAAAAUUUGACAAAAAGCAACAAAAAUUGGACACAAAAUGACAAAAAUGAGACAAAAAAUGACAGAAAAAUGACAGAAAAUGACAAAUUCUGGAUGCAAAAUGACACAGAACAAAAACAAGACAUAAAAUGGCAAAUAUGAGACAUAAAAUUACAAAAGUGUGACAGUGAACAACUAAAACAAGACAAAAAAUGAUACAAAACAAAAAAAGAUGAGAUAUAAAAUGACAAAUAUGAGAAGGACAAUGAUAUAAAAUGACAAAAGUGGCACAACACAACAAAACGAAACAAAAAGACAAAAAUGUGACAAAAAACUAAAAGAAAAUGAGUCAAAAUAACUAAAACAAGACAUAAAACUACUAAAACUAGACACAAAACAACAAGUACGAGACACAAAAUGACACAAAGCAAAAAAAGUUGCAAAAAAAUGUAUAGACUAAACACAAAAUGCAAGACAGAAAAUAGAUUAGACAAAAUGACAAAAAUGAGAGAAACAACGACACAAAACAAAAAAAUACAAGACAUGAGAUUACAAAAAUGUGGCAUAGCAACACAAAACAAAAAGAAAAUUAGUCAUUAAAAAGCAAAAACAAGGUAUAAGAUUCCAAAAAUGAGACACGCAAUGACGUAAAGCAAAAGAAAUGAGAUGGAAUAUGAAAAAAGGAAAAAGGAAGAUUAAAAAAAGACAAAAAUUACAUAAAAUGACAAACAUGAGGCAUGAAAUGACAGAAGCUAGAUACAAAACAACAAAACGGGACACAAAAAGACAAAAAAAUGUGACAAUAACACAAAGACAAAGAGAAAAUGAGACAAAACUAGCAUAAAAAACAAGACACUAAAUGACUAAAAAUGCCAUAAAAUGAGACUUAAAAUGGUGAAAACAAGACAAAUAAUGACAAAAAUUUGAUUAAAAAAUGACGUAAAAUGACAAAAACACGACAAAGAAUGGUAACACUUAGGCAAAAUUACAAAAAUAAGAAAAAGAUUACAAAAUUACAAAAAUGAGAUAAAAAAUUCCAAAAACUGAUAUAAAAUGACAAAAAAUGACAUAAAUGACAAAAAUGUGAUAAAAAUGAGAUAAAAUGGUAAAAAGUACACAAAAAGUGACAAGAAUUAGAUGCAAAAUGACAUAAAUGAGACUUAAAAUGGUAAACACUGUACACAAACUGACACGAAGCAACAAAACACGAUUUGUUUCAUCUUUGACUUUUUUUGACUGUUCUUUUGUCUGAGAACCCGUUAGCUGUUUAUAAAGGUGGUGUGGUAUUUUUUGUGCUGUGGUGCGUUCAGGUG